ACAACUCAGUUCUUUCCCUCCCCGUCGAAGAGGUCUUAAGGGAUUUCAAGGGUCACAAAGCUACUUUGAUUAAAGCCCUCAUCACCAGUUCUUACUACUACUUCUUUCUUUCUUCUUAUCCUUUUUUCCAUUUCAAAUUUUAUUUUUUCUUUUUUUCUUUACUUUGACGUUAGAGAUCUUGUUUUUUCAUCUUGUUCGUUCAUCUCACUUCUAAUUAAGGAACAAACUUUCCGCAGUUGAAAUUCCUAGCUAGCUAGCUUCCAUCAAUUUGAAUCUCUAACGUCAAGGUUCUCUCUGCUUUUGUCGCCGACGGAUUCUCCAAUACUCUCACCUAGUACCACAAUCAUUUCUCAUCUCAAUUUUUAUCAAAAAAUUGUUUGCAGUUUCAGCACGUUCAGUAAUUUUCGCCCGAUGGGGUUAUUUCUUUUUCUCUCUAUGAAAAGGGGGGAUUCUUGUUCUAACGGGUUAUUAAAAAUUGAAUAAUGAAGUGAGGGAUUAAUAAUUGAUAUAUACUUCCUCUAUCUCUAGUCCUUUAUUAAGCAGGUUUGAUAUUUUCCUUGUUCUCUUGGAUACAAAAAAUCCUGAUUGGAAUGUAGUAGUUUUAUCUCAUAUUCUUUUUGGGGUAAUCUUUAUCCAUGUACAACGCAUACAGCUUCCUGUGGUUAAGAUUAUAAUAUUUGUAUAAAAACUAAUAUCCAGGCAUAGCAUAUUAUAAUGUGCUUUAAGCUUGAAAGAGUAUGGAACAUUGGAACAUUAUUAAUAAUUAUUACUUAAUGAAGUUAUUGUGAGUUUCCUUUCUUGCUCUAUUACAGAAAAACUUUGUGCUUGUGUACGAAUUACUUGAUGAAGUUAUUGUGAUUUUUUCUUUGGUGGUUGUAGACUAAGAUGAGUAAAGAAUACCCAAGGCCUCACUCGUGUACAACGUUGAUGACCUCAAUGGGGGCAAUGCAAGCCACAAUCUUUGCACUCUGUAUUGAGAAGGAUUGGAGCCAAUGGAAGUUGGGCUGGAAUAUUAGGCUUCUAACUUCAGCUUUUUCGGGAAUUGUGGUCUCUGGAUUAGUUGUAAUUGUCACUGCUUGGUGUGUAAGGCUUAGAGGUCCAUUGUAUGCAUUAGUUUUCAGCCUUUUGUCACUUGUUAUAGUGGCUAUUUUUGCUUCCUUGAUGUUGGAUGAAAACCUAUAUGUAGGAAGUGUAAUUGGAGCGGUGCUAAUUGUGUGUGGCUUGUACAUGGUGUUGUGGGGUAAAAGCAAAGAAAUGAAAAUGACCCCUCAAUUGGUGUCAUCAAACAAAGAAAAUUUUGAACCCAGUACUGUGGCUGUAGUCAUUGCCACACUGGAUUAUGACAAUAGUGACUAUGACAACAAUAACCACACAUGAAGAAAUACCAAUAUUGUUACAAUGGUUCAUGAUGAAUCUUCUGAAGUGAACAUCAUUGACUGAAUAGAGGGAAAGAAGACAUCUAUACAUUGUUGAUCGAGUCAUAGAUUUUUAAUUAGAUAAUAUGCAUUUGUAAGUUUUUAUUUAUCUUUAAUUAUAUGUAUUUUUUUACUAUUGCAAUUUAGUUACCUAUGUCUUAGGAUGAUAUUGUUAGUCCGUGGGAUCAGAUAACUAGCUAUUUUCUAGGAACUAAGACUAUAAACUUGGCCAUUUUCAUUUUCUAGAAUAAGAUGGUGAAAUCUAGCUUUUCAGUCAUUACACAGUAUUCUUAAAGCUGAGUUAACAUAUAGUAUAUA